GGAGCAUUGCAUUUGAUGAGACUGGAGUUUGGGUUCCGGGAUUAUGCCUGCAUUCCGGGAGGGAGGGGAGGAGAACGGGAAAAGGUAGGGACCAGCCCUUUUGGGUAAGUCCCCUAGGCACUCUGAAGUAUUCAUCUCAUAGGCUUGGUCUCAAUCCUAAAUAUGGGGCUUCCUCCCUUCUCCAGAUCACCGGAGAGAUUCUUAUUCUUGGGUUUCCUAAAGUCCGCCCCAUCCGGCGGAGACCCUAGCUUCUGACCUCUCCUGCGCCUCCGCCCCCUCCCGAACACUGCCGUUCGCCCCGCCCCAGGGCUGACAGAGAGUGGCGGAAGGGUCAUACUCGGUAUGUAGCCUAGGGUAGCUAGAAAAAGCUCUGAGCUUGGGGGUGAAAGAUGGGUGAAAGAAGCAAAGUGAGACUCGGGGAAACUGAGGGACCAGAGACACAAAGACAAAGAACUAGAAAUAAUCAUCAAACCAGAAGAAAGUGGCGAGGUGGGGUGUCAAGGGGCAAGGGUAGGUUUAGGCAUACUGACACUGAGCUUUUGGAUUUAGAUCAGUACUCUCCACCGACCUUGUGAGGAGAACAAACUUAUUGCAGGAAUAAAAAUGCCCAUUCGCCCAGGGAAUGCGAGGGAGGGGGGAGGAGGGAGAGUUGGAGUCUUCUCCCCGGAGCUUCCCUGCCCUUCCUACCUGCUUUCUUCCAGGCAUUCUGCCAGCUUUCUCCCACCCUGCUCCCUCCACCUCCUCCCCUUUCUCGCCUCUUUCUUCACCUCCGUUUAUUUCUUUUCCUUUCUCUCUCCCUUUCUUUUCUUUCCACCUUGCUGUUCUCUUCUCGUCUCCUACUUUUCAUUCUUCCCUUUCUCUUUUCCUUUUUCUUUUUUGGCAUCCUCUAUAGCCUUUUUUUUUCUUUCCGACUCCUUCGUUUUUUUCUCUUUUCACCCCCUCUCUGUCUCCCUCCUCUCCAAUCCCGCGCGCUGCUUCUCUCUUUCCUUUUUGCUUCUCUCCCUUUGAGAAGCUUUGGGGAGAUCGGGAGUUCCCAUCGCUCCUGGCCAGUUGAGUAGGGCUGGUGUAAUUUUUCUCCACUUCUCAAAUUUAAUUUGGAGUGACUGAGUGUGCGUGUGCGUAUGUGCGCGUGUGUGCUUAAGACGAGAAAGAAAAAGACCAACCGCAGAGGCAGGCCGGUCGGUGUCUUUGGCGUGCUUCUCAGCACAACAGUACAACAACACGAAACAAGUAUCGGAGGCUGUGCGAGCGGCCGGUGCGUGCCACGAUUGGCACAGCCAGCUGUCCCCGGCUCCCGCCGCCCCGGGAUUACCGUGACGUCACUUUGCUACUCUUCCCACGGAGGACUGCGAAACAACUCAGGAGCAGAAAAUAAUCUGGCUUGCCACCCUCCCUAAACCUCCCAGUCUGGCGCCUUUUUGAACUCUCUUUGGCCCCCUUGCUCAUCCAUGGGGCAAUUGGGUCUCUUUAACCCGGGAGGCGGAGGGCAACCCUUAAGAGCGCUGGCCCAGUCGCCGGAGAACCAGCCGGCGGCUCCCCUCCAGGCCCCUCCUAUCCCUCGCUCUCCUCUAGCUGGGCCAAGGAGGCCGCUCCGAGAACCAGUGCGCGUCUAAGGAGAGCACAAUCCUCUGGUCCUUCGUAGGAUUUGCAGGGCUCAGCCCGAAAACCAGCCUAUGCUGCGGGAAAAGGCCAAAAAAAAAACAAAAUAAAACAGCACCGAAGAAGCCACCAUGUCCUUCUCUCAGUUUGGAUACCCGUAUAACAGUGCUUCUCAGUUCUUGGUUCCAGCCAACUCCAGCACCACUUGCUGUGAAUCGGCUCCUCGCUCAGCCUCAGUACCAGAUGGAUCCACUGGCUCGACCCAGGCCUCGGCUCUCUGCUGCCAGCCUUACGACAACCGACUCCUGGGCAGUGCGCGCCCAGAGCUCGGCACAGCCCUAGGAGUUUACGGCUCUCCUUAUGCUGCAGCGGCUGCGGCUGCUGCCGCAGCUUCUUCUCAUGGUUACUCCAGCUACCUGCCCUACAGCUCAGAGCCUCAGGCUCUCUACAGCGCUCUGAACCCUCAAUAUGAACUCAAAGAUACCACGGGCAGCUUCCCAGCCGGGCUGGCACAGCCUGGCACCUACUAUCCCUAUGAACCAUCCCUGGGGCAGUAUCAGUAUGAGAGGUACAGCUCUGUGGACUUCAGUGGCUCAGCCAGGCGCAAGAAUGCCACCAGAGAAACUACUAGUACUCUGAAGGCCUGGUUAUAUGAGCAUCGAAAGAAUCCAUACCCCACCAAGGGUGAGAAAAUCAUGUUAGCCAUUAUCACCAAGAUGACUCUCACCCAAGUCUCUACCUGGUUUGCCAAUGCUCGGAGACGACUCAAGAAGGAAAACAAGAUGACUUGGUCUCCCAAGAACAAGGCAGGGGAAGAGAGAAAGGAAGAGAGGAGGGGAGAAGAAGACAGUUAUGGAGCAAAUGAAGACAAAGAUCCAAAAAUCUGCAAGGAGGCCAAGCAGCUAAGACUAAGUGACCUGGAAGACUUAGAGGAAGAAGAGGAAGACGAAGAGGAAGACGAAACGGAAACAGAAGACCACGGUAGAAGGAACACUGCUGACAAACUGGAGAGGCUAGGGAAGGUUGAACAGUUGGAGCUACCAACCAAUUUCGAGGCUUCCCAGUCUGAGCUUGAGAAAGAAGCCCGUAGCCUCAAGCAACAAGUAUCUCCCCCUGGAUUUCCUUGCAAUAACCUUCCCUGCUCCCGGAGAUCAGACUUCUUGGAAGCUUGGAUGGGACCAGCAGGCCAGAAUCACUGUGGGCCCAUUGAAAAGCCCCGGAUCUGGUCCCUGGCUCACACAGCUGGGGCCAGUGUCCCUAGUGUCCUAGCAAGAGAAUCCCAGGUCCAGGCAGGGCCCCGGAGCCCUCAUCACCUGCAGACCCUCGGGAGACUCUCCUCUUUGGGCCAAGGCUGUGAAGCAACAAUCAGAGCUGACUCAAGGGCCCAGGUCAGCAGCACCUUGCUAGAGGAGCGGCCCCCUGCAGCCAAGAUCUUUAGAAAUUCUACUUUCAACCUGCAGCCUUUGCAACUGAACUGCACUUCUUACCCUGGGCUGGGAGAGCCCUGCCAAUAUGCAUCUGGAGCAGAAGCAGGUUAGCGCAAGAGUUGAGAUUUGACGGAGAACCUUGGGAGCAGUUCCGUUUACCAAAGUGCGCCCCUAAGCAAGCCCAGAGAGUAAGACUCGCCAAAGGCAGGUUUCUCUGCCCCACAGACAGAUGGACUAGUAAGCUGUGGCUAGCUUCUCUCAGUCCUUCCACCGAGAGCUGGGAGCAGCCUGUAAAUACACAGCUUUCCGAAUAAAUGAAGAGACCUGGAAGCAUUUGGAAGGAGAGCAAAGAUAGGAUUGAGCAAGGUGGUCUCAAGCACGCGACCGUCUGUUUCUCAAAGGGGGAAGAAGAAGCGGUCUCCUUUUCCCUCCUUCCUCCUUCCCGGUGUCAAUCACAGUUUAAGCGCACCCAGACUCGCAAUCCCCCAGAACACUAUCUUCCUUUCACUGACAGUGGUCAACUAGCCCGCCCUCACCAGGCAGAUCUUAAAGUUCUCCACUUCUUGGAUUCACAGAAACAAACACAGAAGCCCAUUUGCUUUUUCUUUGGUAAAAUAAGUUUACGAACUCCUCAGCCUGGGCCUUGGGAAGCAGGAAGAGGGGCGGUUUCCAGUUAAGGGAUCCCCAACCAGGGUGAGCUUGAAUCAGAUUCUGCUUCUCAAAGCCAAAUGGGAGAGUCUCCACUUGUCCCUUCAUACCCUAGAAGGAGGGAAAAGGAGACGCAGGAGGGGCCCUUAUGGAGUUAAAACUCUGCUUCGACCACCAGGGAAUCUGCUGGUUCCAUCCGACCUAGCUGCCCGCGGCGUUCCUCUUGCGCCCUCCCCUCCCGCGCUCCCCCUCGCCCUCCAUCCACCUCGGGAACUGAGCUCAGCUGAGCCAAACAUUCUGAGUGGCAGCCAAGGGAGGAGCAGGGCUGGCUUAGUGGGUCAGCGUCCUCCAGGAGCCAGGAACCCGGCUCUGCGAGAGGGGAGGGAAAUGUAAAGAGCGAAGCAGGAGCUCAGCAUUGUUUCUGUUUAAUGGUGUGGCAGCAAACAUUUUCUGUUCGUCCUAAUAAACGGAGAGGGGGCGAGUGAAGAAAGAAGCUUUGUCCCCUUUUCCAGAACCAUGAA